GAACCCAAUGGAGAACUCUAUACAUUCAUAGGUCUCCAUCGGUUCAACGGUGUGUCCGUUUGGGCUGUUUUAAGAUUAUGUGGUCUCGACUUCUGUGUACUCAUAGCCUCGGGUGCUAUUCACCUGUUCAUUAAAGAUGUAUAUAUCCGUCAAUUGCAAGCGGAGAGAGAGCGCCAAGAAUUGGCUAAAGAGCAAGAAGUCAAACGAUUGGAACGCAUGGAGAGAAGGGAGAGGAGGAUGACUGAGGCCGGACUCAGCGCUGUCUCCAUUAAUAUCAACACCAAAGCUAUGGAAGACAAGUAUAAGAAGAAGUUGAGGGCACAGAAAACGUCGGCCUUAUUCACGGCAAUCAUAACCGAAACCAUAUUCUUAGUGCUCUUAUGCUGUGCCGCUGUCCUCAACCCAUCCGCCAGUUCUGCCUUUUAUUUCAUAUAUUUCUUAUGGAUCGCCAGUUGGCUCUCAUUGAACCGUUCGCUGGGAUCAGGUUAUCAUUAUUGUCGACUACUUCUAGCCAUUUAUGUGAUUGAGAGGAGCCGGCGUCCGACCAUUGGGUCACAUGAGGUGAUGAGUGCUAAUGAGAGACCCAAUCACUUGAGUGGCGAUGCAAUUGUCCCACACUUUGCCACCACUAAUACCAGUAGUACUCAAGGGAUGAAGAGUUCCGAUGAUAAGCUCACUAUUGGAAAGAGAAAUAAUAACUGGUAUUGGAAUGGAUUCCAAUGGAAGUAUCAUUUGGAGGCCGGAGCCAGAAGUGAGCAAUUUUUCCAGCAUUUCUGGAGCCGUAGGUCUGAGUGCGAGUCGACCAGAAUCUCCCACAACACCGAUGGGUCCGAUGGGCGCCGACGACUCCAAACACUAUUCCUCGCCUUUCGUUCAUUUACUCAAAUUAAUAAAGAAAGGCAGUUAUGUCUCCACUUUGAUUGUCAUGAUGACCUGGUCAAUAACAUACCAUUCCUGGUUGUCAUAAGUUCAGUAGUGGUCGUGACCAGAACAAACGAAAAAGAGACUGAGAAAAGGAAACGCUUCGCUCAGGGAGUUAUGGUCCAGCCGUUCAACAUAACCUUUAGCACCGGUCAACCCGGCGCCCCACAGCAUGACUUACGGCGACAAAUGAGUUUAGCAACGACUACAGGCACACAUCAAAGCCCUGCUGUCCAAUGGGUCAUCAGUUUGCUUAAAGAUCUUCUCGUCAAGUAUUGGAUAUGGAUUGUGGCUAGUUACGACUACCAAUACAGAGAGUCGCCACUAGUACAACAGGAGAUAGCACAGUAUAUAUACCGAGAUAAGGAUAGUAAACAAAAUGAGAAAUUUGAUGAAUUUCCCAAGUAUUGGGAUCAGUAUCUCAAGAUAAACCCUGAACUUCAAAAAGAUUUGGGACUUGAGGUCUACGAAAACGACGCGUGGGUUCUGUUCAAAGAGCUCUUUACCCCCACUUUUUUCAUCAUAAUAACCAUAAUUCAGGUCCAUUUCCUUCACAAAAAGUUCUUAGAAUUUAGUAAUUAUGAGAAACAGGGUUCGAGUGCUUCGCCGACCAGUACUACCACUCCUACCACUCAUUCACCUUCUGAUGAGACGAGUCAUGAAAGUGAUGCCAAGAAAUUAAAUUCGGAUGAAAUUAAAUUAGAGAUCGAUAGCGAAAACGAGUCGUCAAACGACACAUCGACUCCCAAUACGAUAAAGUCUGCGAUUAAGUCUUCUAGUCCUCAAAGUCUAGUCCAUAAGGGUUCGGGUGAUUCUCCCACAAAAUGCUCGUCACUCGUACGUAAGGACUCGAGUGCUGCGAGAGGUGGACACUCGAGACCCGACUCCAAAAGCGAUCAAAAAGAGUAUAAAUCGAGUUUAGAUGAGAUUAAAGAGUUGUUGCAAUUCUUUUGGCAUAAACUCCAACCUAUUGUUGAUAUGAGUUUUGAAAUUAUAUGGAGAUUACUAGAGAUACAUCUCAUUAAAGUUGUCAUAUUUUGCGCCGUUUUGGUGGCCUUAUCUGAAGAAUACAUAAUCCUUAUAUUAAUACUAGUGUUUCGCUCAGUUGUCAUAAUCCGACAGAAUGUGUAUCGCAUGAGACAUAACGAAAGCCCUCCGCCGACGGGUGUUGUCUUUCCUCGGAGUGAGACAUAUAUCGGCGGCUCUAACAUUGAGGCCCACUUAGAGACAAACCCCGCGAAUAUCACUACAGUUCCAGACUUUUUUGCCUUCGGCCACACAUUUUUCGAUUCAAUCAAAUCCAUGUUUUUCUUUUGCUUCUUUUGGGUCACACUAGCGAUCAUAUUCCUGGCCGGAACUACACGCGUCAGUCUCUUUGCAUUGGGCUAUGUUUUGGCCUGUUUUAUAUUCCUAUGGAAUGGCAAUGAGUUUUAUUUGAAACCAAUUGUUAUGGUCUUUCACCUCUGGAGGACUAUAAUCACGUACACGUCGGGUGUUAUACUCGUUAAAUCAAUUCUUCAGGUCGUUGGAUGUGUUUAUAUAAAACAUCUUUUAGCCCACUUUUGUUGGGUCGUCCAACUACUGGGAAUCGCGUGUCUCAAUAUCAAACCUCCUGAUAAUACUGAACCCCAGCCUACGGACACGAACCCGAGUCAACCCAAGUGUACUCAACCCUACCACGAGGCCGGCCUUUUAUGGGAUGGCAUUUGCUUUGCGUUUCUCAUAAUUCAAAAGCGGAUAUUUUGCAGCUAUUACUUCAGUCAUUUAGUUCGCGAAAUCAAAGCACAACAAGUGUUGGCCUCACGCGGGGCUGAACUCAUCCACGAGAUUCAAGCCAAAGAAGUUGCAGAUCAGGAACAGGCAGAGAAGGAGGUGAUGGAGAAGAUUAAGCAGAAAAUGGAUCGAAUCAAAGCCGCACAACAGAAGAUGUUCGCCGAUAAGGCAAAGAGUAUUAAGGCUCACAAACAGGAAGACUACGACUACGACGUCUCCGUCUCCCCGUACUCUACGGCUGAGGCCACUCUGUCUCACACACCAGAAACAGAAGAGCCUCUCUCUCACACCCUCCCCACUGUCUACUCUCCCACUCCUAGCCUACCCACUAUCGUAUCCCCACAAUCAGCCACUACUCCUCAACCGGGAUAUCUUGAGGUGUAUUCUGUGGGUCCGAUUAGAUCUAUAGACGCCCGCAGUUCUAUCGUUACUUUUCCCUCAAUUAGUCUCAAGUCGUCGUCAAUAGAAGACGACUCGUUCCCAGUGUUUUCGCCCACUCCUACCCCCACUCCAUAUCCCAUGAGCUCUUUGCUGACUAGUCUGAGGUUUGCCGGAACUGAAGGCCAAUCCGACGCUUCUUCCAUAUUUCAGUCGUCGACGCGAACACAAGUCCCGCAACGGGUUGUUCGCGAGACUCCCUCUCGAUUUUGCGCAAAAUUAAUGAAAGGAGAGGUCGAGGACACAGAAGCGACUAUAGUGUCGGCCGAGACUACAGAUGUGGGCGAAUCGAGUAAAGACUCUGCAAUUGCUUCGAUUGAUAGGGAACUUAUAGAUCCGGACGCAUCGGUGCCGACGACAUACACUACACUCCCUUCAACUUCUAUGAGUUCCCGACCCUCUAGUCUUCCAGUUGAUCUGAAAAAAUCUUCCAAACCUUCUGAAAAGGGUUCCGGAGAUAUGUCUGAUGGAGAAGAGGAACCGGAAGAGCUUCUUUGUCUUCAGUUUUCUUUUCUCAGAUAUAAAUCAGCUUACUUCUUAACCAAGGUAUAUACGGAAGACAAAUAUGUCGCCCGAAGACUAUCUGUCGAAAAGAGGUAUUUGAAGAGAAUUCUUGAGAUCGAAGAGUCGAAUGGAUCGCGAUUUGACUUCAUGGACACCAACUGGAAGAAGAAGACGCUUUCAAAGAUAUCACAGUCAGCUGUUCCUAAAGAAACUAAAAGUAUUGAUUCAUCGGAUGAGUUGCAUCGCAAGAAACGUACGAAACCUGAAGCUAUUGGAGAGUCUAAGAAAUUAGACAAAACAUCAGACGACCAAUUAAUUUCAACGGAAACCGAUUUAGAGGACUCGGCUUUCCUGAAGGCCAACGUUUAUAUGCGAUUCUUUCGGUCCAUUUUCUAUGCAAUUCUUUCGCGAUCUGAAAUCAUGUGUUAUAUAAUAAUAGUCUUAAAUCAAAUCAAUUCCGCGUCCAUCCUCUCACUGCCAUUACCUUUGUUUGCAUUCCUCUGGGGCUCACUAUCAGUGCCCCGACCCUCGAAAGCCUUCUGGGUUACUGUGAUCACAUACACAGAACUAAUUGUUGUCAUUAAAUACAUCUUUCAAUUCCAAUUCUGGCCGUGGAUUGCGAGCGGCAAAGUGGACAUCACUCCCUUCUAUUUGCCCCGAAUUUUCGGUAUUAAAAAUGAUGAUGCAAACAAUUACGCUCAGUUUGAUUUGGCACUCCUUUUGGUCCUAUUCUUCCACCGAUUUAUGCUUAAAAGUUUAGGUCUUUGGGAUUUGUCUGAUUCAGAGAUAACUGCUUUCAUGGAAAACGCCGAACGAAGGAAUUCAUUAGCUUUGGAUCCGAUACCUGUGGCUGAGAUAACAGCUAAACUCAAAACACAGAAAAAGACAAAAUCAACAGUAAAUCUAGAAAUACAAACGAAGGAUGCGAUUACUUGUGAAACGAAAACUGAUUUAAGUUUAGCUGAAUUAGAAGCGGAGACCAAAGAACCGGACGACGAGUUUUCUGAUAUAACUCACAGCGAAGACACUAAAGAGGAAUCUUCUGAGGGCUUCCAAGUGAUCCUACGUCUCAUGAGUCCCUCUGCACUGAAAUUAAUGGUAAUCCGUUCGUCGAAACCAAUUCGUCACUUCUUCCACAGUGUUCUUCAUCCGCCAUAUCGUAUCACUCGAGACGUCUAUUCACUGAUGUUUUUGUGCGAUUUUAUAAACUUUUUUAUUCUAGUCUUUGGUUUCUCGGCAUUUGGCAGCGGUUACGGCACUGAAGACGUGGCCUCAUUCCUCGAAGAAAACAAAAUUCCGAUCCCUUUUCUGGUGACGCUUCUCAUGCAAUUCGCUCUCAUUAUAAUCGAUAGGGCCUUAUAUUUGCGGAAAUACAUCAAAGGAAAACUUAUUUUUCAAAUACUUCUGGCGUUGGGAAUGCAUAUCUGGCUCUUCUUCGCUUUACCGGCGAUGACCGAAAGGCCUUUCACCAAAAAGGAGAACUGGCCCCCGAAGGUGUACUACAUAUUCAGAUGCGUUUACUUCCUGCUGUCUGCCUAUCAAAUAAGAAGUGGUUAUCCGACAAGAAUUUUGGGAAAUACUUUCUGCAAGAAAUAUAAUCUCAUCAAUUGGUAUGCAUUCAAAGGAUAUAUGGUGAUCCCAUUCCUGUAUGACUUACGUAUGUAUAUGGACUGGAUUUGGACGGACACCAGUCUAGUGCUCGACGAGUGGUCUCUAAUGGAAGACAUUUUUGUGAAUCUUUAUGAACGCAAAUGUGAACUCAAAUUAGACGAAGAAUUUCCUGAACCGCGCGGUAAAGCAAAGCGCAGGUUCUUUAAGUACCUGUUGGGCGGCGCGUGGGUUGUCAUCAUAAUAGGUCUGAUUUGGGGUCCUUUGGGUUUGUUCGCUUUGGGCCGCGCCGUCGGUUCAACGAACCGUCCGAUAGGCGCCACCUUUGAACUCGAGUUCGGAGGAUAUCAACCAAUAUUUAAAGUCAGUGUUUCCGAUAAUAAUCUUAAGGAUAUAAGCGCUCCCCUCUGGGAUCGACUUCGCAAUAACGAGGACUUCGUGAAGGAUGUGGUCGCCCAGACAUUCAUCUCUGGAUACGAUCAAAGCGACGUCAUUGUGGUCGAGAUUAAUGGCAACUCAACCGCCAGUUGGGGUAUCAGUCCUCCCGGUCGGAAGGCCUUGAUAGACGAUCUGAGUAAUGGGAACAGUAGUAUAAACGUAAAGCUGACAUUCUCUGUGACACGAGCCAAGCAAAAGACUCAGGAUAUGGACGCAACCAUUUCGGGCGAACACCAGCGACUGUUGGACCCAAUCAUUGAUUCUAAAUAUCGUCAGGCAUUCGCUGAAAUGAUUGAAAAUCCCGAACAAACCAAGUAUUCAUAUAUUGAAUAUAUUUUCCCGACUUAUCUGAGAGUUCCCGAGAAGGGAAGGCCAACAGUUGUGAACCAACUGAUGAAGAAGCCGAGGAAACCGGACGAAACGGAUGAGAUGUAUCGGUACCGCACUCUCAAUGUGUCGAUGCAGAAGAUGGGAGACGUGUCCUAUUGGGCCAUUCAGGACGCCUGCGAUUCUCCCAAUUAUUUGGACAAAUUGGAUGACUUCGUGCGACACGAUUUGUUAACAAAAGACUGUCAAACAGUUGCCGUCGUUCUGUUCAACGACAAAGUGUUCAUCGGUUUACUCGCUUUUCUGUCCGGAUAUGGAAUUAUAGGCAUUUACACGACUUUCGUGUUUUUGGUGUCGCGUUGGGUGCGCGGCCUUAACUCCGAGUCCUCUUUCAAAGUCAUUUACACCCGAAUGCCAAACGUAGACCGAGUCCUCCAGUUAUCAGAGCUGUAUAUAAACCAAGCGCUCUCAGCUCUCAAACUUGAGCUUCUCCUAGAGAUGCGCUUCUUGAGCCCACAAGAGCUCCGGAACAACAGUUGCAACAAAGACACCUCCAUUCUGGUCGACAUAACUGAUCACUCAAUCAGUCAACUCUGA